AUGCCGGAGUCGGACAACGACUCCGGCGGGCCGAGCAACACCGGCGGGGAGGGGGAGCUGUCGUCGCCGCGGGAGCAGGACCGCUUCCUGCCCAUCGCCAACGUGAGCCGCAUCAUGAAGAAGGCGCUCCCGGCCAACGCCAAGAUCAGCAAGGACGCCAAGGAGACGGUGCAGGAGUGCGUCUCCGAGUUCAUCUCCUUCAUCACCGGCGAGGCCUCCGACAAGUGCCAGCGCGAGAAGCGCAAGACCAUCAACGGCGACGACCUCCUCUGGGCCAUGACCACCCUCGGCUUCGAGGACUACGUCGACCCCCUCAAGCACUACCUCCACAAGUUCCGCGAGAUCGAGGGCGAGAGGGCCGCCGCCACGUCGACGUCAACCGCGCCGCAGCACCUGCCCGACAAUAAUGCCACCGGUUACGCCGACUAUGGUGGCGCCGCUGUCCCCGCCCCGGCCCCGGGAGGCAUGAUGAUGAUGGGGCAGCCCAUGUACGGCUCACCGCCGCCGCAGCAGCAGCACCAACAUCAGGUUGCAAUGGGAGGGAGAGCGGGCUUUCCCUAUCACGGAGGCAGCAGCGGUGGCGGCGGGUCGUCUUCUUCGUCGGGGUUCGGACGGAAAGAGGGGUGA